GAAACACUAGUCAAUUCAUGCGGCCCUCCCAUUUAGGCCGCGUAUCCUGUAAUGUAGAAUCCUUGAAGAAGGAAAGAACGUCUAAGAAUCCUUGGGCUGCACCAUGGAGCACGUGUAGCUUGUGCAGAGUGUGGCAGCCCAAUAGGUGAUAACAAAUGAAGUUCCCGGGGGCGUGAUGGAGGCCAGCAUAUGCUCACAGGACAAGAAAGUGAACCUGUAUUUUGUGCGGCCAGCUGAGGGCACCUCCUCCCCUUGCCUCCUUGCUGCUUACCAGGCAUGUGAGAGAUUUCAGUCCAAGUGGAUCUCGGCUGACAAGUGCCUGCAGCUGAGACCCACCAAGCAGGAUGUGUUCGUCUGUGAUCCAUUUGAGGGGAAGGCCUUUGUGCACCUCACCUCAGGAUUCAAGUGUGUCACUGUGGGGCCGCGGUGCAUCCUGUCCUGCCUGCACCGCACUGAGCCCAUUCCACAGCUGCCGUCCCCCAUCCACAACACAGCCAUGCGGGGCCUGGUCAUCACCACCACCGGCUUUGUGAAGGCCAAGAAGGAGGAGCUGAAGACCCUGGUGGAGCGCAUGGCUGGCAUCUACUCAGCUGACUACCACCUGGGGGUCACGCACCUGGUGGCUAAUGAAGUGGGCAGCAAGAAAUACCAGGUGGCAGUGGACCAGGAGAUCCCCAUCAUGACUGGGGAGUGGGUGUCUGCAGUGUGGCAGGCCGUGGCGAAGGACCACACCCAGCACAUCUUGGCCACAGACGAACGCUUUCUCUCCCACACGUGUCCAGUGCUUUAUGGCAUGGUGGUGUGUGUGUCCCAGCUUGACCGAGCCACUAAGCUUGCCCUCAAGGGAAUUAUUGAGGAGAAUGGUGGUACGUACGCUGCCAUGCUGGAAAUGUCCAAAACCUCCGUUCUCAUCGUGUCUGCUCCUGAAGGGGAAAAAUACUCUUUCGCAUGCAAGUGGCGAAUCAAGUGCCUCACCCCAGACUGGAUCUACGACUCGGUGCAGCGCGGCCACGCUCUCACCAUGGAGGGCUAUGAAGUGAAGAAGCAGAAGCUCUCCACACCAGUCAACAGUCAGGCAAACACCACACUGCCUCCAGAAGUGUCUCAGUGCAGUGCCAUCAAUGGUGAGAGUGCACUGCUCAGGACCAGUGUGGAUGAAACAGCAACAGACAUGAAUGAGACGGUGUCCAGGGAGAGGAAGCAGACAUUAUCCAAGGAAGUAAACCUUGGACUGGAGGCUGUGGAGAAUCUGGACCUGCAGGAAGCUCAGCGGGCCGGCCUCUUCCUUGAUGGCUGCAAGAUCUUCCUCUCGGGCUUCACCAACACCCAUCUGGAGAAGCUGCGGCGCGUCCUCAACUUUGGGGGAGCGACGAGGUUCAACCAGCUGAGUGAGGCAGUGUCUCACAUGGUUGUUGGUAAGCCCAUGGAGGAGCACCUGAGCCUGGUGAGGGGAUGGAGCACCAGGCCUCACUUGGUGUACGCCCGAUGGAUCACGGAGAGCAUCAAGCAGAGACGCCCAGCAGACGAGGCACACUUCACCCACCCACUGGAGGAAGAGGAAGCAGUGGUGGAGGAGGUACGGCAUUCCCAGCACUCCACCACCUCCCACAACAGCAUUGCUGCUACACACUGCAACAGUGAGGUACCCCUGGAGGAGGAUGAGGUGCUGAGGCAGUACUUGAAACCAGGGCAGACUAGCAGUGCAACCUCCACCCCAAGUGCUGCCCUCACUGACUCACAGGAUCAGCGAGUUGCCAGGAUAUUCUUGAAUAAGACAUUCACAGUGUCAGGAUACACACAGGAGCUGGAGGAGACACUGACUGAGAUGGUGGAGGAUACAGGGGGCCAGGUGGUGCCUCUGAGUCACCCCAGCCAUGUGCACUACUCCCUGGUCACAUCAGAGGGCCGGUGCCACCCCAAGACAGAGGAGGUGGUGUCCCAUUACUUCCUGGAGGACUGUGUGAAUGCAAAGAGGCUUCUUCCUGUGGAGUACUACCAUGUCCCUCUCAUCCUGUCGGGGGACACUUACCCCCUGAAGGAGUGUUGUAUCACCAUCUCCACCUACGCCAAGAAUGAGAGGCUCUUCUUAGAGAACCUGGCAACCCUUCUUGGAGCACGGAGCCAAAAUAUGUUUGCCAAGAAGCCCAACCCAAGCAAGGGUAUAGUGUCCUCCACACACCUGGUCUGCCCCAUGCCCACUGGAAACAAGUACCAGGCAGCCAAGAAGUGGGGUGUGCCGUCUGUCACAGCCGACUGGCUCAUCGAGUGUUCCAGGGUGGCCAGGAAGGUGCCUGAGGCAGACUUUGCAGUAGACCAAACUGAUCACCCUAAACUGGCUAGAAAGAACAUUUUUAGGGACCAUUUAGCUGCCACACUGGAAAGGAGACAGGUGGAGGAUGGAAGAGAGUCACUGUCACUGGGUACCAGAAGGAACAACAGAUCAGGUUCCCUCACUCCUUCACCUGAUGGGUUACAGCAAGCUCACACCGUUGCAGAAAUAAACACAGUCCCACGGCUAUCCCACAACCACACUGAGGAAAGUUUUGAGGUCUCCAUGCCUGCCCCCAAACCAGGCCAGCCCAAGCUGUCAUCCAAUACUAGAACCAAGACAAGGGAGAUUGGUGACUCCUUCAGCACCUCUGCACUACAUGCAGACCCCACUGAAACUCCAGGCAGGGAAUUCUACAAAAAGUUUUAUGAAGACAUCAAGGAGACAAUGAAAAAAUACAAGCGGAAAACCCCGUUGCAUCUGCAGGAAGGCAGGCCAAAGAUCUCCAGUACACAAGAGAGUCAGGAAAUGAACACACAGAGCAGGAAAGAAGAGACAGAGGAGAUGAAGGAAGGUGAUGGACCACUGAAAGGAUUGGUGGUUUGUCCCUCUCGUAAGCUCAUGGACAAGUGGAAGGAGAUGAGCCAGGUGGUGACAGAACUGGGUGGCCAAUUCCUGCACAGUUAUGGUCCAGAGGUCACCCACUUCCUUUUCCAGGGGCGGUCCAAUGACCUCAACAGGGAGUUCCGCAGGGCCAAACAGGAUGGGAAGAUUGUUGUGGCUCCAGACUGGCUGUGGAUGUGCCAGGAGAAAGGGACAAGGGUGGAUGAGGAGUUGUUUCCUCACACACACAACCCCAACAUGAGCUUGCCUCUGGUGGGUGGCAUGAGAUCCCCCAAGAGCAAAAACAGUUUGAAGAGGAAGUAUCCUGAGGAAGGGGAGGAGACAGAGGAGGAAUCUUUACAGCAGCAGGAGACAGAGAGCAGUGAGGAGAAUAAGCCAGAAAGUGAAUCAGACCAGGAGAAAGAAAAACUAUCUAAGCAGCUGGAGGAGAUUGGAGCCCUUGCCCAAGUGAGCGGGAAGAAGACUGGUGUAGGGAGAGGAAGGAUCAAACCCCCGGGAGAGUGGCGCAGACCUGCUGCCGCAAGACAUGUUGAUAUUGAGACACAGCCAAUGUCUGGAGAAGAGCCUGAGUCCCAAGGCACAGCCAUCACCUGGGAGGACCCAGUGGAGCGUGAGGCAAGACUCCACCUGCGGAAUCAGCUGAGUGGAAGCACUGAGGACCUGAUGGAACAGAACCAGGACCAGCAGGAGUGUGCUGAGGAAGAAGCUAAAGAAGAGGAAAAAGUGAGACAAGAGAGGGAUGAAGAGGAAGCACCAUCUGCCUGUAAUGAACCUCUUGACAGUAUGGACAAGCCUUCCAGCACUCUGAGACCUGUGUUUGUGUUGGUGGGGAUGUCUGAGGAGAAGCGACACCACUAUAGCAAAAUGGUGGAGGAGCUGGGUGCCACCAUCACCCUCGGCCCCACAUUCAACCCAGAGAUCACUCACCUGGUCGCUGAGACACUGUCCCGCUCAGAGAGAACACUGGCUGCCAUUGCUUCUGGCAAGUGGGUGUUGCACGACUCUUAUCUGGACCACUGCUUUCAGGCGGGACACCUCCUCCAGGAGGAGCUGUAUGCAUGGGGGAAUCCAGCAGCCCAGUACCUGCCUCCACUCCAGCCAGAGAACACCCGUGCCCAGCUUGCAAAGGCUGCCUGGCGCUGGAGGUGUGCCAUCAACAGAUCAGACGGCCACCCAUCCCAACAGCCCUUCCAGCACAUGGUGGCUCUCGUGCACUCCAGCAAAGACCGAGUGGGAGCCUUCACCCGCAUGAUCAAGGCAGGCGGGGGAGAGGUGGUGACAGCCAGGCCUCCAUAUAGGGACUUGCAAGGCAUCACACACUUCUUUGUUGAGAUGGACAAGACCACAGAGAAGGUGGACAUUGAGGCCUUUGUGGCAAGGGGAAUCCCAUGCCUCAAGCCCAUCUUCAUCAAUAACUACCUGAUCAUGGACCCGCUGCCAGAAGAGGAGGACCACUACAUCUCUCAGUACAAAGAUUUGUUGCUCUCCAUGAGUGGUCACAACCAGAGUGGUGUGAAGCGAUUGCGAAAGGAGUGACCCUCAUGACUGGUGGCUCAAGUCAGGGGACUCCAAACUUUUCACAACUCAGGUCACAUUACUUAUUUUACAUUUUUUUUGUUGAAUUUGGAUCUUUUAGGUAACAAGCAAGGCACUUGGGAACAGUUACAAAGAGAGAAUGUUAUGCUUACUAUGAGAAAUGUCAUAUACGAGUACUAUAUAAAAAUAGCAAGCUUUAACAAGUGUUUAAAUGAAAUAAUAUUUGACAAACAGGCCAGGCGUUCAACACUAGUGGCCUUGGUGCUGUAGUAGUAGUAGUAAUGUGUUGGACAGACACUGGACAUGCCAACUGUCCAGCUGCAUGACAGAGAGUCCAGAUGGUAAUAAUUUAUCUUUUAUUUAUAUUUCAAGUCACUGUUGACCAGAUAGAAUCUAUAACAAGACAGAUGUUGCCUGUGUGGUGUUGUUUGGAGAUCUCUGGUAUAGAUGAUAUAUGUGUAUAUUUUUUACUGAAGACAAAACUACAAUAAAGGAUUUUUAAUA